GACACGUCCACGGCGCGCGCGACACACUGUGGAGAGACAGAGAGAUGAUGUGCGGCGACGCUCUCUUCCGGCAGGAGCCAUGGUUCAUCUCCCUGGCCACUAUCGGCGCUCUGUACUCAGCAGCCGUGGUGUUCCGCCUCCUUCCACACCUCGCCCUCCUCCUGCGCCGGCCGACGGACCUCCGCCACCGCUACGGGGCAUGGGCCGUCGUCACCGGUCCAACGUCCGGCAUCGGCGAAUCCUUGGCACUGGAGCUCGCGCGCAGGGGCCUCAACCUCGUCCUCGUCGGCCGCGACCCCGCCAAGCUCCAGGACAUCUCCGAGACCAUCUCCAAGACCCGCGCCGUGCAGACCAAGACCGUGGUGUUCGACCUCUCGCUCGUCGCCACACCUCAAGGGGACGAGGCGAUGCGGCGGCUCCAGGAGACCGUGGAGGGGCUGGACGUGGGGCUGCUGGUGAACAACGCCGGGGUUGCCAAGCCAUGUGCGGUGUACCUGCACGAGAUGGACGUGGAGGCGUGGGUGCGGAUGAUACGGGUGAACUUGUGGACGCUGACGCAGGUGACCGCGGCGGUGCUGCCGGGGAUGGUGCAGCGGGGCAGGGGCGCCGUCGUCAACAUCGGCUCCGGGUCGUCGGAGGCCAUCCCCUCCUUCCCACUCUACUCCGUCUACGCCGCUUCCAAACGGUAUGUUGCUCAGUUCUCCAGGAGCCUUUACGUUGAGUACAGAAGCAAAGGGAUCGACGUGCAAUGCCAGGCCCCGCUUUUCGUGGAGACGAAGAUGACGUGGAGAGCCGGGAAACGCGGCAAGCAAGGCCCGUUGUCGCGGCUGGUCAUGCCGACGUCGGACGCGUACGCGCGACCGGCGGCGCGCUGGAUCGGGCACGGCCCGCUGUGCAUGCCCAACCUGGGCCACCGGCUCCAGUGGUACCUCUGCCGCGUCGCGCCGGACCGGUUCCUCGACGCGCUCCGCCUGCGCGAGAACCUGCGGCAGAGGGCCGUCUUCCAGCGGCUCAGGUCGCCGAGGGCGCCGUCGCACGCCAACGGCGGCAAGCAGAGCUAGGCUUGGCCCUGAGCGCGUGCAUACGGCGUGGCCGAAAGAACCAGCUAUGAUAUGAUAUAGUACUAUGUAUUAUCUGUACUGUAUCUCUGAACCGCGGUUUGGUUUAAAUCUCUGCCGUCGAUGCAUAUGCGUCCACGGGUGCUACCUGUAUAUCUUCGUCAAAGACAAGCUCAAAAUAAAAUGCAUUGUGCAGUCAGA